CAAAAUGGGUUGUUUCAAUUAUCACCAUAAACGCGUCUUCAACCUUCCACAAAUUUCCAUCUGUUUCUCAACUCAAACAGAAAUUUCUGAAACCGUAAACAAAUUAAGGGGAAAAAAAGGUUGGAAAAGAGUAGCCAUAAUCAAAUCAUUGCCCACCUUGGAUCAUUCAAACCGUACACGUGCCCUAACAAACCCCUAUUUUCCUCUGCCCCCUCAAAACCGACUCCCUCCAUUCUUGUUGAUCUUCACACACCCGUCUCCAUCGCCCCUUUUUCACCUUUUUUCUCGUGUUUCUCUCCGCCAUUGUUGAUGGGUCGCUCUUGUUUUCCUUAUUCCUGAAUACCCACUUCCUGUUUUUUGCAAAUUUUUCCAUUUCUAACUCGUUUUUGUGUUUGCAGCCUUGCAUGGAGCUUGUAUUUUCCAUGAGAGUCUGAGAAAUUCGCUGAGAGUUUAGGUUGUCUAGAAAUGUCGAUUUCUUCGUCGAAUCCGACCCAGAAUGGGAGUGUUAAAAACAACGAUACGUUACACAAUAUUAGUCAGAUUGAAGAAAGUGCGUUUUCCAAGCUAUUGGAUAGGCCAAGGCCAUUGAACAUGGAGAGACAGAGAUCAUUUGAUGAAAGAUCGCUAGCGGACUUGGCGAUUGGUUUCUCCCCACGCUUAUCUUCGAGAGUUUCUUCGGAGAACUUUACUCGAUUGAUAGACAAUUAUGAUCAAACUCCAUCUCCUGGUAGAAGAUCGGAUUUCAAUACUCCAAGAUCCCAGAUUGGAUUCGAGCAGCAUCCUAUGGUGGCCGAAGCUUGGGAUGCUUUGAGGCGUUCGUUGGUCCAUUUUCGUGGCCAACCAGUUGGUACUAUUGCUGCUUUGGACAGUACUGAAGAAAAUCUUAAUUAUGAUCAAGUGUUCGUGAGAGACUUUGUCCCAAGCGCAUUUGCUUUUCUAAUGAAUGGGGAGCCUGAGAUUGUAAAAAACUUCAUUUUAAAGACGUUACGGCUUCAGUCAUGGGAGAAAAAGAUCGAUAGGUUUCAGCUUGGAGAAGGGGUGAUGCCUGCUAGUUUCAAAGUACUUCAUGAUCCAGUGAGGAAUUCUGAAACUUUAAUUGCAGAUUUUGGAGAGAGUGCAAUAGGAAGAGUUGCUCCAGUUGACUCCGGAUUCUGGUGGAUUAUAUUGCUACGAGCAUACACGAAGUCCACUGGUGACUCUUCCUUGGCUGAACUACCAGAAUGUCAAAAGGGAAUGCGCCUUAUUUUGAGUCUCUGUCUUUCCGAAGGGUUCGACACGUUCCCUACCCUUCUCUGUGCCGAUGGAUGCUGCAUGAUUGAUAGACGAAUGGGUGUAUAUGGCUACCCAAUUGAAAUUCAAGCUCUUUUCUUUAUGGCUUUAAGGUGUGCUUUGCUUUUGCUAAAGCACGACCACGAGGGGAAGGACUUUAUCGAAAGAAUAACAAAACGACUUCUUGCCUUGAGCUAUCACAUGAGAACUUACUUUUGGCUAGACCUAAAGCAACUAAACGAUAUAUAUCGAUAUAAAACCGAAGAAUACUCUCACACUGCUUUGAACAAGUUCAACGUAAUACCCGAUUCUCUUCCCGAAUGGAUUUUCGACUUCAUGCCAAUUCAUGGUGGUUACUUUAUUGGAAAUGUCAGCCCUGCAAGAAUGGACUUCCGCUGGUUUUGCUUGGGUAACUGCAUUGCUAUUCUUUCUGCCUUGGCAACACCAGAACAGUCCACUGCUAUUAUGGACCUUAUUGAAUCACGGUGGGAAGAACUGGUCGGAGAAAUGCCGGUAAAGGUUUGUUACCCUGCCAUUGAAAGCCAUGAGUGGCGGAUUAUAACCGGGUGUGAUCCGAAAAAUACGAGAUGGAGUUACCACAAUGGUGGUUCUUGGCCAGUUCUCCUAUGGCUUCUAACAGCUGCAUGUAUCAAAACCGGGCGACCCCAGAUUGCAAGACGUGCAAUCGAACUAGCUGAAACCAGGCUACUGAAAGACAGCUGGCCUGAAUAUUACGACGGGAAACUCGGGCGAUACAUCGGGAAACAGGCAAGGAAGUUUCAGACGUGGUCGAUUGCAGGUUAUUUAGUAGCGAAGAUGAUGCUGGAAGACCCGUCGCAUGCAGGCAUGGUGUCUCUGGAGGAAGACAAGCAGAUGAAGCCAUUAAUGAAAAGGUCACAUUCAUGGACUUGUUAGUGCUCUCUUCUUAGCUUUAUUAGUGCUUUUUAUAACUCUCUUCUUGCUUUUAGGAGAAACAUGUUAUAUUCUACCGUUGGUUGUUUCUGAGAAACUUAUUAUAAUAUACUCUUUGAAACAUUAUAUUUUGACCUUUUUUAGGAAUGAAACUUUGUUUGUGCCCUUACAACAAAAA